AUGGACUCGACCCCUUCAGGACUGGUAGCCAAGUCAGCACAUCGGACAAGUCGGGAUGGGUUCGACCCGCUGCAGGUGACAGGGCGCAGGAAGAACAAGACAGAUUUUGAAAUCAAAAACGGGGUGUUGAAUGGCAGUGCAAACGCGGAUGCAAAUGCCAGUACAGAGGAGAAGAGCGACGCCUUGAAACAGGAAGGGGCUAGUCCAUCGCCUUCAAUACAACAGCAACAGCAAAAGGCAGAAUCAGCACGCUCCCCAACUCCGUCGCAGACUAAUUCAGCUCAGCCACGAUCAGGAAAAAAGCCCCAUCAUGAAUUGCUGACCGAAGCAGAGAAGAAGGCGAACCAUAUUGCAUCUGAGCAGAAGCGUCGACAGAAUAUUCGAGUGGGAUUCGAUUCGUUAGUCGAGAUUGUGCCAGAGCUGGGCGAUUCUCAUCGGAGUGAGGCUGUCAUUCUUCAGAAAUCUGUCGAAUACAUUCACCGGCUUCUCAAUCAGAAGAAUGAGCUCAAGAGCAGAGUGCGUGAGCUACAGGUGCAUCUGGGUGACCCUGUGGAUGACUUUGAUUCUGUAAGUGCCUCAUUCUGCUUUUGUGUGUCGAUAGAAGGGUGGAACGUGCUUUUCACAUGCAUUUGUAUAUUUGUUGAUGUCGAUUGCUUUCAUUCCGCGCAUUCAUUUCGCCCAUGGUCGCACGAAUACGACAUUAAACUUACUACUGCACACACUGUAGGCAUCGGACAUGGAGGUCGAGCAAGGCGAAUAACAUCAGCCAACCCUCUUGCCCUAGAAUCCAUGCAAGCAUCAAUCAACUUUGGUAUUCUUUAG